AGAGCUGUCUGUCAAAAGACCUUGCCAUCCUCUUGGAGUCUGCGCCCUAACCGCCGAGCACCGUUCCAGCCACGGCCAUCCUCCAUCCGUGUAACUCGUCGUACAAUGUUUUUAAAAAUUUAUCAAGCAGCCAGUCCUUCGUCGUCUGCAGAUUCUUUGGAUUGAUACCACCAUUUUCAGUUUGCCAUGGCGACGGUGGUGAUGGAGCAGAUCGGCCGCCUGUUCAUCAACGCCCAGCAGUUGCGUCAGAUCCCUCAGCUGCUCGAGUCGGCCUUCCCCACACUGCCUUGCACGGUCAAGGUGUCCGACGUUCCCUGGGUGUUCCAAGAGCGUCACAUCCUCACCGGCUACAGGCAGCCGGACCACAGCUGGCGCUACUACUUCCUCACCCUCUUCCAAAGGCACAACGAGACCAUCAACGUAUGGACCCACCUACUGGCCGCCCUCAUCAUCUUAGUGAAAUGGCAGGAGAUCUCACAGACGGUUGAUUUUUUGCGAGACCCCCACGCUCAACCCCUCUUCAUCAUCCUCCUCACCUCCUUCACCUACCUCUCCUUCAGCGCCCUGGCUCAUCUCUUGUCCGCCAAAUCCGAGCUCUCUCACUACACCUUCUACUUCCUCGAUUACGUGGGCGUGGCCGUCUACCAGUACGGCAGCGCGUUGACACACUACUACUACGUCAUCGAAGAAGCUUGGCACGCAAGAGUGCAAGGGCUCUUUUUACCCGCCGCUGCUUUCUUAGCCUGGCUCACGUGCUUCGGCUGCUGUUACGGCAAAUACGCCAGUCCGACCGUGCCCAAGCUUACCCACAAGCUUUUCCAAGUGGUGCCGUCGGCUUUGGCUUACUGUUUGGACAUCAGUCCUGUGGUUCACCGCAUCUACGCGAGCUACCAGGAAGGUUGUUCCGACCUGGUGGUAGUCUACCACCUCUACCAAGUGCUAUUCUUUCUCAUCGGCGCCUACUUUUUCUCCUGCCCCCACCCGGAGAGCUGGUUCCCGGGGAAGUGUGACUUCAUCGGGCAGGGCCACCAGAUCUUUCACGUGUUUGUCAUGUUCAGCACCCUGGUGCAGAUCGAAGCGUUGCGGAUAGACUUCGGCGAACGGCGGCCGCUCUACGAACGACUCCACGGCGAUUUGGCUCACGACGCCGUGGCGCUCUUUAUCUUUACCACCUGCUGUAGUGCGCUCACUGCUUUUUACGUGCGCAAACGUGUGCAUGCUUCUCUUCAUGAAAAAUUCGCUUAAAUGCAAUGUUAUAUCUCGCAGGGGUGUCAAACUCAUUUUUGUUCAGGGCCAUAUUGUAGUUCUGGUUUCCCAUUAUGAUUCUGAACCCGUAUACAGUCAUUGUAAUUUUUAAUCACGUAUAUAAAACAGAAUCCAGUAAACAAAAAGUUGUUGGGUUUAUUUUGAAAGGGAGAUUAAAUGACUGCAUUGUCUCAAUGUUAUUAAAAGGGAACAUAAAUUGUCGGUAUAUUUUACGAAUAUAUACAUGAAGUCAGAGCACAUGAUUUGUAAUUGUAAGUCAUUUAAAAUGAUGUGGUGGCACUGGCGGAAGUAGAGGAGGGGAUGCAGGAGCACUGCCCCCCCAAAUUUGCUUGGACCCCCUAGGUGCCAGGCAAAAUGAUUGACUUUUGGGCAUUUUUUUAAUUUACCCUGGACUUUUUCUCUAGGGAAUUUAUAAUUAAUCGUUAUCGGCAUUUUAUUUUAAGAAAUUUAACCUCCUCAAGAAACCCCCCACCCCCCCCAGUUCUGUGAAUGCGGUCCAGAUAUGGCCCCCGGACCUCGAGUAUGACACCUGCGCUUCACCGUGACCAGCAAUUCUAUUGUAAUUUGUUAUUUUGUAACGGUGACUUCCUUGUGUAAUCUGCCAAACCACAGUGAACAGUUUACAGCCCAUUUAGUCGUCAGCAAGGGGGAUAGUUGAAUCCCACAGCCGCACAUUUCAUUGUAUUUAUUUUCUUCCCAGUAUCUUGUUGACGUUUUUAUGCUCGCAACAGUUCUUAAAAUGAAGUCUCAACAUAACGCUCAUUUGUUUUUCUCAACGAUUCAAUGCUAUUGUAGAGACUGAUUAAAGGAACCUGAUUGUUUUGCUUAUAAAGUCUUAUAAUGUAUUAUGAACAAUUGGAGGCAUGUUGAUUGUCUGCAACUGUGUUUUAAGUUGGAGUGUUUUCAUUCCCAUUCCAAAAUGCACGUUUUUGCUAACUGUACAAAAAAAAACCUCUAAGUCUGAUUUAUAGUUUAUGCAGACCAAUAACAUAUUGAAGCUCCUCUAUAUUUUUUUUAAAUAUUUUUUUUCUUAUCCUAUUUUAUUCUGUCUUUCUUUUUGUAUUUUCUAAUGAUAAUCAUGCCAAACAAAAACAAGAUGACAUAAAAUUACAUUUUUGUUUGGGAGAUUACAUUUCUCAAAGUGCUAUAAGUUCAGCUUUUGCCUUUUCACAUUCCACGGCGUUGCGGCUUGUAUGUGCACUAUGCUCUGCUUUUGAUAUGAUUUUCUUUUUGUAUGAUGAAAUUGUACAGUACGUGCCUCUAGCAUGUCUAUCCCUAUAUAAUGCAGAUGUUCUGGUGUGACAGCUUUUUCUGCACUGUAAGUGUUGCUUUCCUUCUGAAAACCGAACAUUUAUCACUUUGCUUUCCGCCUAAUAGCACUCUGAUAUUUAUAUCUUUUCAGAAGAAACACACCACAUUUUGAUUUUUUUGCUGCGUGCUUUCAAAUGUUUCAAUGUCUUCAUGCUUAACAGAUUAUAAAGAGAUAAAUAUUUUGUUCCUAUUGGUGCACUUUUGCCCUGAAGUUUGUUUUGGCUCUAGUCACAGUUAUGGUUUACUGUUUUAAAAUGUUAAUCUCAGAAAACUAAUUUCAUUCAUCACAGCAUUCUCUGCUCUUGGUGUUUUAUGAAUGUGUGUUUUUUUUUCAAUAAUGAUGAAAGAUAUUUUCAGACAUGACUUAAAUGAUGUCCUGACAGAAGCGCAUGUGGUGAGUUUAAUUGAAAAUCCUUUGAGUCGUUACGCACUGCCUGAAUCAACACUGUACUUACUGUGGCUGACCACGAUGUUAACAUGCAUGACGCCCCCCCCCCUCUAAAUACUAUUAUUGUAGGUAUUUUAUUGUGUUGAAAUUUAACAUUGAGUAACCCGGGAAGGGGUGGGGGGGCUGAUCUAAGUCAUACGUGGGAAUAUUUUAUAUGUUUGAAUCAAUUAUUAAUUUCAAUUGAAAAUAUUUUCUCCACAAAUGACAACAUUUAGGUCAAUUUUGUUUUUGUACCAGUGUUUUUUGAGUAAUAAGCAAAUUUGUGAACAGUAUUUUUCUCUGCAAUUGACACCUUGUCACCUAUUAUCUAAAUUGCAUGUUGUGAAAAAGAAGAACUGGAACGUGGGCAGCUAUGUGUUAAAAGUGAAUGUGUUAACAAAGCCUCUAAUGACGCCACCCAGGUUUGCCUUCAUUAUAGAAAGCAGGGUGAGAAAGGGCCAGAAUGUCUUGCCUCUUGACUGUGACUGGCUGUACUAAUGUUUAUAAGAAUUAAAGUGUUGCAUUAACUUAAAUCUUA